AUCUAUAACAACAACAUGUCAGUCGCAGAGCGGCCGGCGAGGAGGCAGGUACACGGCGACGCUGCUCCCUCCUCGCCCUCCUACACCACUGCACAGAUGGCGCGACGGGCGGGUCUGAGUCGUCCGGUCUGCUUCAUCUCUGGCGUCUUGCUGCUGACUUUCUUACAAUUUUUCGUCAAGGUCUGUAUCUUCCAGGUCUCCUCGUAUCCGGAAGGAACUAGACAAGAAUCAAAAUUCUCGAGUUAUCAAGAAACUGUUUCAAAUAAGAAUGGCAGAGCACUCAAAUCUGAGAAAUCUUCAGAGUUUGCCUCAAGGUACACAACGGCAAUAGAAAGAUUUCCAAAAAUGAACUGUUCGCUUGUUCAUGACUCAAAGGAACUUAAAGAGAAUGUCAGCGUCAUUACUCAAGAAAGUGAUGCACUUAUGAAGGCCCUAUAUAGUUCAAAUAGGACACGCGUUCGAAUAACUAGAAGUAUCAACAUAUCAGACAAGCGAGAGUUUACCGCAUGUUUCCUGCAGCUAAAUGUUAAUUAUUGCACUUGUAGCCGGACUGUGAAGACCCGCCAAGCCCACACCUGCCCAAGUAAAUCCGUUACUGUUGAUGAACUCCUACAGGAGAUCAAAUCCUCCCUUGGGGAGUCUAGCUGUGGAGACUCCGCCACUCUGAGAGGAGGAGGACAGAAAGUAGUGAGCUUUUCAGUGUACGGUCAAUUUCCCAGCGAGUACUACGAGGGGUUGAAGAAGCUGUUACCAGUGGUAGGCGAGAUGUACCCCGGGUGGACCGUCCGGGUGUACCUAGACCUCAGUACUGGAACCCUGCAGGACUGGGCCUGCUCCCUGGCCUGCCAUCACCCCCAUCUUGACCUAUGUAACGUCAGACAACUACCAGUGUUGGGUGACGUGAGCGGGUCGACGGGGCGGGUGUGGAGGUUCGCGGUGAUGGCUGACGCUCUGGUGGACCGCUACGUAAUCCGGGACACCGACUCUCCCAUCCUACAGCGGGAGGUGGACGCCGUGAACCAGUGGCUGUCCUCAGGCACGUGUUAUCACGUGAUGCGUGACAACCUCUUCCAUUCAGUGCCCAUGUUGGCGGGGAUGUGGGGCGGGUGCAACAGUUGGCACCAGGAGGCGGCGCACGCCGUGCGAACUCGCGCCCUCUGCCAGGGCCUGGGCCCCUUCGACGACCAGGAGAUACUUAAGUUGUACUUGUGGCCUGUCGCUCGUCUCAAUGCCACUGUACACGACUCCUAUACUUGCAAGAGGUUCGGGAAAUCUUUGCCUUUUCCAUCAGAGAGAGUCAACUUCACUUUUGUGGGACAGAGAUCUUACCGCAACAGAUACCGCAGAGAGAGGACCUACAUCGCCUGUCCUAUCAAUUGUCGUCCCAAGAAGCACAAAAACUGGUUUUACUGCUGACACAAUUACUUGGGAAAAUACUCGCACAAUCAUCUACACUGCAGAACUAUAAUAUAGCAAUUUAGGUUAUAUUUAGCUUUGAAGUAGUAGUGGCAUUAAGAGCAAUCACAGUGCCAUGGCCAGAGAAAAUACACACACUAUAUGCUCACACGCUACAGAAAAAUAAAGAGAUACUUCCUCUUUUUAAAAUAUGGGUUAAAUCUGCAAUGUCUGAUGUUAAAUACUGGUAACGUUAAGACAGGUUUACACACUAAACACACAAUGUGGUAACUAGAUGUAAGAGCCGUGGUUGAUGCAUGGUACAAUAGCGUCGUGGAAAUUGAAAUUGAAAUAAAAGUUCCGGUGACGGCAGACCAAUCACAGUUGGUGGAACUGUGGCUGGUAAGAGGUGAUGUUACUGCUGGCUAUGUUGUGAGAUUGACGGAAGAGUUAAGGGGGUAGAAAUACCUUAAGCUAUUCUGUCCCUUUGAGAUGUAUUUCUUUCUUGUCUCAAUAAACAUACUUGAACUUGA